UAGAAAAAUAAUUUAUAUUGACAAUACAGUAACUUAGUAUAGUACACACCCCCGUACAGUAUAGUUUGUCUUCUGCAUCAUCUAUCUAACCAACUGAUUAUCAAUAUAUUUAUCUAAGUCUUACAAGUAAAAAUAAAUAAUUUAUAUUGUCUACAUAUUAGUCAGACAUAGUGGUUGCAGACCUGGUACAAGUACUUACUGAAACCGAGGAACCUGACCUAUGCAAUGUUUCAUCAGCAUCCGAGUGUCGGUAACAAUAAACAAGUCUGCAAUUUCUACCUGAAGGGAACUUGCAAAUAUGGCAUAAGAUGUUGGAAUUUACAUCCACAGGACCAAGGUGGCACUGGGAUGACAAAUGCCUUUCCAGGAAAUAGUGCUGGCAAUAUGUUUAUUGGAAAAGCUAGCACACAGCAAGACACCAAAGAAUUCCAAGACUUUGUGAAACAAGUGAGUGGGGAGAUGAACAUGUGGGAGCGUAGUGGCCAGUGGCUGUUCUCGUGCUUUUUUCCACUGAAAGGUUGUCACCCUCUCAUGGGGUUUUCAGAUCAUUCACUUGAAGAACUCAGAGUAAGAGCAUAUGAUGCUGUGAAGACAAAUACUUCCAGUACUUACCAAGCACACUGGAGUGAACUGCAACAGAGAUACAAACAGCUGCGUGAUGCUCUCAAGAUGUCCACCCCAGAAGCUGUGCAGGCUAUGAGAGACAUACACCAAGCCAAGAGUGCUGUGGAACAACAAGAGCAGCAACAAGCAUUAAAGCCAUCCAGUUUGUUUUCCAAGCCACCAGGACAAACUCUAUUUGGAGGAGCAACCCCUCAGUCAGGCAGUGGUGUCGGUCUCUUGGGAGCAAAGCCACCGCCCCUAGGCUAUGCCCCAUCAGUAUUUGGAGGAAAUUCGUCCUCAUCUACAUCUUUAUUUAGUGGAGGAGGUAAUACGCCUGUCUUUGGAGUGCAGUCAUCACUAGGAGCACAAAACACUACUGGUUUUGGAAAUCAAAGCUCAAAUAUUUUUGGAGGAGCCAGCAGUAAUGUGUUCAAGAGUGGAACUCAAAAUGCAACAAAUACCAAUUUGUUUGGUGCUUUACAAGGACAAACAAAUUCAAGCACAUUAUUUGGAGGUAGUACUAGUACUUCUACAACUGGCCAAACUCCAGGUAAUGUUUUUGGAAGUGUACAGAAUCAGGCUGGUGUAAAUAUUGUCUAUAACAGUAAUGCUCAGAAUCAACCCUCAUUGUUUGGUGGAACAGGAACAAGUGUUCCAGGUAGUGGGUUCCAAGCAACACAGGCAACAAACUCAACUGGGGUGUCAAACACAGUUGGAGGGCAAGGUGGUAUUUUUGGUAACCAGCAGCAGCCGCAGCAGCAGGGAUUAUUUGGAGCUCAGCCAACACAACAGCAAGCAUCUGUGUUUUGUAAACCAAAUGUUUUUGGAGUUAACCAACCCAGUGCUUCAGUACAAAACACAUCACAUAUCUUUGGUGGUUCUUCUGGUAGCUCUAUAUUUGGUACUAAUGCAAUUAAAGGCUCACCAAACAUAUUUGGUGGAAAUGCACCAGCUGGUGGAGGGAAUGGUCUAUUUGGUAAUGUUCAGGCAGCUGGGCCUUUCAGCAACCCUUCUGGUGUAUUUGGAAAUACUAAUGAACUGAGUACUAAUACAAGAUUAUUUGGUAAACCAUCUGAAGUUACACAACCCACUGUGGUCCAGGGAACUCCUGGACUGUUUGGACAUCCUGCUACUGGAGCUUCAAGUUCAGUGAGUUCCCCUGCGGUUGUACAAGGUAAUUCAUUAGAGUUGUACACACCUUUGGACCAGUUGAAACCUGAGGACAGGAUACAGUUUGAAGCAGAGGCAUUUACUUCAAUCCCCUAUUGCCCUCCACCAAAGGAAUUAUGUGCAUGAGUUUUUUGGUUUAUGCAAAAUAUUGAUCUAUAUGAAAUAGGUCUUCCAGCCAGGUCUGUCUGUAUUGUCCCAUAAGGCAGAACAUUGGACACGUACCCAUAAGCGUGUUGUAUAUGUACAGUAUGUGCUUCUUCUCUUGUUGGACAUUGAAGCAGCUUUAAGUGCUGGGUUUUGGAUAUGUACCUGUAGUUUUCUUUACUUAUUUUUUUAACACAAAACAUGUAAUUAACUUUUAAAUCAUUCAGUUUCAAUAGAUAAGCUACCUUCAUGAUUUAGCCAUUCUUGGUAACAAUAUGUAUUUAUUCUAAAUAUACUGUACAGUAUUGUAUUGCUUGUAAAUACUGCAUAUAAACCAGAGUACAGUAUACAUUAUUUUUACCCCUAUGCCUCCUGGGCCAGAUUCUGCCUAACAAAAUGAUAAACUUUUAGAAGCCAUACACUGUACAGGGUGUUCUGUAUAAAUGGAAUCAAACAGGGUAGGCUUAGGAUAAGAUAAGGAAAUAAGAUAAAUCAUUUAUUUAUACUGUACAGGGUCUUAGGGUUAAGCUUAGCUAGGGUUAGGAAUUCAGAGAAUUUUCAAAACUGAUAAUAAACAUUCUCUGAUACUAACCCUACUAUGCUUGCUUCCAUUUACACAGAAUACACUGUACUUUAUGAAUUCCCAGGAUCCAUAGAUGUGCCUUUCAAAGUAAUUUCCAUAGUUAUUCCCUCUAAUUUUUGUAAUCUCUUGGUCUAUUGGCAGCUAAAGGUUUAUCUGUGGUUAGCGAGAACCUGGUUUUAGAAUUUCAGUAAAACUUGUAAUGUUCUUUGACGCAAACUGCAAUUGUUUUUUAACUUACUCAUGAACUGACGUGUGUCGUGUUAGCCAGAGGAUACUGUACUAUGGUUCACAGAUUUCCAACAAAGUUAUUGGAUAUAUUUUGCUCAUUUUUUAUGUGAAUUGGAGGUUCAUGUGCAGUACACAGUUAAAAAAAAAAUUCCCAGUUGUGACUAGGUUGGAAACAUAAAGGCAUGAAAUUGUUUAUUUAAAGACUAAUAUACAUACUGUAGACAAAGCUUUCAUAAAAGACUUUAUUAAGAUAUCUGCUGUGAUCUGAUAUACAGUGCACAUAACAGUACAGUACUACUAUGUUUUCAUUAUAAUUUAACUGCAAAUAAACCCUCAAACAAAAACUAAUGAUGAAUCUGAGGCAGUACAGUACUGUAGUGCAUAGUCCAAACCCAAUGUUCAGUUACUAUGUGAUUACUGUAUUGACCAUUGAGACUCUGAGAGUCAUUAGUUAGUCAGACAAACCAUUACUGCUUACUGACCAUUGUUUACUGAACAAAGAAAAAUCAUGAAAAACUUAAAACUUAUCCAAUGAUAAACACACUUUGCACCUGAUGGAUAAUUUUUGCAAGUGGUGAAACAUUCCACAGGUCAGAUCUCACCAAGAUUAGAAAACCCGAAGUAUUUCACCUGAUGAUUAAACCUUAAUGCUAACGUAACAUAACCAAACUUAAUGUACAGUAAUGUAACCUUGUCUCCCCCAUUUAACAUUGGUUUAGAUUAACUUUAAUUGAAAAUUACCCUGUUUUGAUAGAUGUCACUUCUUUGAGUGGUGAGUAUGGAUUUUACUUUAUUUCACUUAACCUUACAGUAUAUGUUUAUUGUUAGCUUUUAGGAUCAAUAGAACUGUACAUUGUUUCUCUCAUAAAAGCGUUGAAUAUGUGAUACCACAAUUUAUAUUUACGAUGCAUGGAAGGGAAGUACUGAUUAAUCGAUAUUGGUAUCGGCAAGGAGAAAGUACUUAUAUAGUACAGUACUGGACUGUAGUUACUGUGUUGUACUGUAUUUUGUCAAUUUCCGUAAUCAGUAUUAGGUUUUGCCGAUUACUGUAAUGAGUAUUGGUAAGUUAAGUAUCAGCCGAUACCGAUACCUUUUGCUAUCUGUUUUGGGAUAAUAAUAAUAAUAAUAAUAAUAAUAUGUACUGUACCUAACUAAUGUUAACCAAACUUUUAUUUCCUGGGUAAUUUAUUAAUAACAAAGCCCGGAGUAGACUUGAGGGUAGACUGUCACAUUUUUAAUAUUACAUUUGUUUCUGAUUAUUUGUGAGAGGAUUUUUCCCAUUAUUAUUUAUCUGUAUGUGUUUUGUGUGUGUGUGUGAAGACACACACACACAAAACACUAAUUCUUCUAAUACUAUAAUACUGUAGUUGGUGCAGAGAGUCACAUUAAGUGAAAAAUCCUGUUUUGUGAGAAAAAUUUCUGGGUCCAUCAAAAGUACUGUACACCCUCACAACACUGUAUAUAAAAUUACAUACACAAAUAAAGUACCCCUGUACUGUAGAUGUAUGAAGAGACAUCAAAUUCACAGUGUAUAUGAGACUGCCAGAAGAGGAAUUGAGAAACCAGUUAUUGCUCUCCUCACAGCAGAGAUGACUAAUCAAUGCUCUGUGAUGCUGACAAGAGUGGAGCACUCAUAGGUGUCACUGUACACAUCACAUGGGAAGUAACACAAAUUUAUGUUAGUUAACAGGAUGCUGGACUCAAUCUGUGUUGUUAUCAGGAUGAUGCUGUUCCUUUUAACUGAAAACCAGUUCAUGAGAAACCCAUUAACUAAAGAGUUUACUCUGCAGUGAAUAUCGACUCUGUUUUAUGUUUAUCCAUAGACAGUAUACUGUACAGCAGUUACCUAGUCAAAGCAAUUGCUAUCAUACAGACCUCAGAAAUACAAGGACAAUUAUAAAUGUUUUUAUACUUUUAACAAGAUGCAAACACAGUACAAAAUAUGAUGGAUUAUUAACCCAUAACUGGUGGCUAAGGGGUGUAGGAACACAUUUCCACAACUGUACAAAAGUAGUUUGCAAACUUAUGUAAUUAAACCACAGGAAAUCACUUUAACUUGUAUAGUAUAGUCUUUAUAUACAGGCAUGACAAUUAAUCUCUCCACAUGUUAUUCUUAGAAUUGUGAAAGACUGACUUAAUAUUUAGGUGGUGGUUGUGUAUGAAAGUUUACCUGAAACAGCUCUCACUUGGGAUCAUAUGAGGAUUUGUGUCUUGUAAAGUGUUUGUUGCUGAGACUUAUCGUGCCUGUUGUCAGUUGACUCAUGGUAUCUUUAUCACAUUUAGCCUGAAUAUAUCUUCAUUCAGCUGUUAUUGUAUAUACACAGUGAAAUUAUUGGUGUAUGGUCAAGUCUGCUAAUGUAGAGUACAAAGUGAGUCUCAGCUUCUGCAAUAACCUUAAACCUUGUAUGUUGACUGUUGAUGAUAUACAGUACAGUAUACAGUAGUAGGUACACUCGCUCCAGAAAGUAUAUGCAAGGUGGGGUGUGAUGGAUUUCAAAAUGAACACUGUGACUCCUGCUGUCUCGGUAAGGUUGUCAAAAUCCUUCGUCCAUUGUGUCAUAUUGUUUAGCAAAAACUUUUGCAGGUGCUUUUUAUAGCGAGUGUACAUAUUUACAGUAUCCUAAAAUUCUAGCUAGUUCAGGCUAUGGUUCUGAUAGUCGUAUCUGAUUAGAUUAGGGGUUCAUAUGUUCUAUGUACAGUAUUUUUUUUAUUUUUAAGAUAGAUAUUAAUAAAGUACAAGUAUGUAUAAAAAUGUUUUAUUAAAUAUUUUGUAUAAAA